GAAAGAAGAGAAGAAGGGGAAAAAAGAGGGCUGUAUUAUUUUUUGUAUUUUUUCCCCUUUUGCAAAGCAAAGAGUCAGCUCCUGCCAUGAUGAGGUCAGAAGGAGAGAAAACCACCUGUUAUUAAAACUUGGGUUACCUAUUUUUCAUCCAGGAGCAACUCCAAAAAGCAGCUGUUCUUCCCUCCUUCCUUCUGUGGCCAUGACGGCUUCUCCGCACAGUGAGGCUCUGGUGGUCUUGUAUGGGGCAACCGCUGGUGCAUUGGGGGCUAAACUGGGGUCCGAUGAGCGGGAACUAAUUCUCUUGGUGUGGCAAGUUGUGGACCUACACAGCAAGAAGGUAGGGACCCUGCACAAAUGCCUGGUCAAAGCGGACAACUUGGAGCUGGACGACCAAUGCCAGGAGGUCACCGGAUUAACCCCCGAAGGCCUGAGCAAAGCCGAGCCCCUGGACCGAGUGCUGUUGCAGUUCAGCCAACUGGUAUCGAACGAUCUGAAAACUCUGGGGAAAAGCUCUUACACCUUUUGCACAGAUGGCCAGCUACUCAUCCGGCAGGUUCUUCACCCUGAAGCUUCGAAGAAGAACCUCCUCCUAUCUGACUGUUUUUAUUCAUUUUAUGAUCUACGCAAAGAAUUCCAUGAGUCCUGCCCAAAUUCAGCCCCCGUGAAGGACCAGACUAUCCAGUCUAUGGCAGAAUAUAUAGGCUAUGGCAUAGAUGAAACGGAAGAAGAUUUUGGAGUGUGGCAAGUGAAAGCCAUGGUGGCCAUUAUUUUCAGCAUGUUCCCAGAUUCAUGCAUUGCAAAUCACCUGUUUACAGCCCCUGAAACUGUGAAAGACAAGUAUGAAACGGGACCCUGUAGUAAAUCGGAAACAGUGGAUAGUGAAACGGUAAUACGAGCUCGAGGUCUCCCUUGGCAGUCUUCUGACCAGGACAUUGCUCGUUUUUUCAAAGGCCUUAAUAUUGCCAAAGGUGGAGUGGCCCUGUGUCUGAAUGCUCAAGGAAGGAGAAACGGGGAGGCCUUGGUCCGAUUUGUCAACUCCGAACAGAGAGACUUAGCCCUGGAACGGCAUAAGCACCACAUGGGGAGUAGAUACAUUGAGGUUUACAAAGCCACCGGAGAGGAAUUUCUGAAGAUUGCUGGAGGCACCUCCAACGAAGUAGCACAGUUCCUCUCCAAGGAGAACCAAGUCAUCAUCCGGAUGCGGGGCCUUCCUUUCACAGCCACGCCUGAGGAUGUCCUGGGCUUCCUGGGACCCGAAUGUCCGGUGACCGGAGAGAAAGACGGGCUCCUCUUUGUCAAGUAUCCAGAUGGCCGGCCUACGGGCGAUGCGUUUGUCCUGUUUGCUUGCGAAGAGUUUGCACAGAAUGCACUUAAGAAGCACAAGGAGAGCCUGGGGAAGCGUUACAUUGAGCUGUUCAGAAGCACGGCGGCAGAAGUCCAACAGGUCCUGAACAGAUACAUGUCCACCCCACUCAUUCCCACUCUCCCCACGCCGAUCAUUCCGGUGAUCCCGCCGCCUUACACCAUUGCUGCUAGCAGCGCCCGGGACUGUGUCCGGCUCAGGGGCUUGCCCUACACGGCAGGGAUCGACGACAUCCUGGAGUUCAUGGGAGAAGCGACGGGGGACAUCAAGCCUCACGGAGUCCACAUGGUCCUGAACCAACAAGGCCGGGCGUCUGGAGACGCCUUCAUCCAGAUGAAAUCUUCCGACCGCGCUUACCUGGUCGCCCAGAAGUGUCACAAGAAGAUGAUGAAGGACCGUUACGUGGAAGUCUUCCAGUGUUCAGGAGAGGAGAUGAAUUUUGUUUUAAUGGGUGGCACUUUAAACCGUAGUGGCUUGUCUCCGCCGCCAUGUAAGUUACCAUGCCUUUCUCCCCCAGGCUACGCUGCUUUCCAGACUGCUGCAGCUGUGAUCCCAGCAGACGCCGCCAUUUACCAGUCGCAAGCGCUCCUGCCUCAGACUAGAACCCACCAAGCCUCGGCCGCUGCUGCUGCUGCUGCGGCCGCUGUUGCCUCUCCAGCUGUUGCUUACUACCCAACUCAGGCUGCUCAGCUGUAUAUGAACUACACGGCUUACUACCCCAGCCCUCCGGUGUCGCCAACCACAGUGGGGUACAUCGCAGCCCCGCAAGCAGCUGUUGCGGCCGCUGCCUCGGCUUCGCACACUCCGAUGCUGACCCAGCCUGGUGCACUGGUUCGGAUGCAAGGGUUGCCUUACAACGCCGGCAUGAAGGAGAUCCUCAGCUUCUUCCAAGGAUAUCAGCUCCACGCAGACGCCAUCCUCCCAUUUUACAACUUCAGCGGCCAGCCCAGCGGGGAAGCCUUGGUCACUUUCCCCAGCCUGGACUCAGCCAAGAAAGCCGUGGCCGAGCGAAGCGGCUGCCUCUUGGGAAGCCGCUGUGUGGAGCUCUGCCUUGUCUAACCCUUCGACCGAGGAUUGGGACUAAGAGCCAGCUUCCAGCCUUGUGUGCCUCCAAAAUUAUCACCUCCAUCUCGAGAAGAACCAAGUCUUCCCUCGCCAAAGUGCCUGCUGCCAAUACAACAAAUUCCAUUUAUCUUUGGAGUGAAAUGGAACCAAACAAACACCAAAUGUAGUCAUUCCCACCUAUUGAUUUGGAGAACGGAUACGGCCUUGCAGCAGUUGUCAGCUCAACGGAUCAUUUUUUAAUUUCUGUUUAAUUUUAUGUAACGAUUAGGAGAGGAAAAGGGAGUCGAUUUGCCUCCUUUGAAACCAUUUUAUUUUGGAAUUUGCCAAAAAAUGUGCCUUUCUUUGAAGGGAGGAGUUCGAAAAACCGAUUUUUUCUUCCAAAUAGGACUUCCCUGAAAUGUCGCCCCGAUGGGCAUUUAUAUUUGCUUUCCGGAAAUAUAUAAUCCAAAUGAAUUUCAGCAAAUUAAGUAUUUCAGGGUAUUUUAGUUUGUUUUUUUCUUGUGCGGCACGAGGCAAAUAACUAAGCCAUAUCUGUUUCAUAGCAUUCAAGAUGCCAACUUGAAAACCCAACUCAAAGAAAACCCCGAACUAGGGACGAGAAUGGCACAUAAACCUUAAGGACUAGUAACUUAUAUGUUUUGUUUUAUUUAAGGCUCAUAGCUCUCGGAUAUUGUAUUAAAGCAUAUUUCGCUCUAGUUUAUGUGCAUGCCAUUUGUUUACAACCUUAAUACAUUAUUUGUAUAUUACGAAGCAAAAACAAAAGGAAGAAAACGAGAAGUGGAAAAUCUCGACCUAUUGAUUAGUGCAUGUCUCUCUUUAUUUUUUAAUGUAUGUAUAUAUACAUGUCCAGAGGAUAUAGUUUUUAUGUUGCAUAGUGUGGAAUAAGACCACGACUGUAGAAGCACUCAAUGAUUUGGGUUUUGUUUUUGUAUUUACCGUGCCUUGAUCAGGACUUUUCCUCGAAAAGUGCAAUAACAGCAGAAGAAACUGGAAGGAGCCUCCAAAGAGCCUGUGUUUUGCGCAGGGAUCGCGUCCUUUUUUGUGUGUGUGCGAGGCCUACAACUCUUGAGUAGUACUUAAAAGGGAAUCAGACCCCGAAAUGAUGUUGAUGUAUGCUUCUUUCAUAUGAUACGAAAUAAAGGAAAAAUAUGCUUGCAGAAUAA